UUUCUUCAUUCAAGUGGGGGAGGUAGAGACAUUUGUGUCAUUGAAUGUUGAUAACGUGACUAAUCUCUUUCUCUCUUUCUCCUUUCCACACUCUCAAAAUCUCCUCGCUCUGUCAACGCCAGGCACUUUUCCUUUUCCAUUCCAAUUCGCAGAUCCAUUUUCCCAUCCUCACCGUCUGUUGCAGGUUUGUUGAAAUAAAUGGCUUUAGUCACCACUGCUGAAGUGUGUGAUGCAAACCCACAGUUAAUUUUAAGUGGGGAGCUUCGUGCCCUUCAGCCAAUUUUCCAGAUUUACGGUAGAAGACAGGUCUUUUCCGGACCGAUAGUUACCUUAAAGGUGUUUGAAGACAAUGUCUUAGUUCGCGAGUUUCUCGAAGAGAAAGGCAAUGGAAGAGUGCUUGUUGUAGACGGUGGUGCGAGUUUGCGCUGUGCGAUAUUGGGUGGCAACCCUGUAGUGCAAGCACAGAACAAUGGAUGGGCGGGUAUUAUUGUGAAUGGAUGUAUAAGAGAUGUAGAUGAGAUCAACGGUUGUGAUAUUGGCGUGAGAGCUCUUGGUUCUCAUCCCAUGAAAGCCAAUAAGAAAGGUAUGGGAGAAAAACAUGUUCCCAUAACUAUUGCCGGGACGAGGAUCUCUGAUGGGGAAUGGCUUUACGCAGACACGGAUGGAAUUCUUAUCUCUCGAACAGAGCUUUCUGUUUGAUUCUAAUUCAUGUGUAACGACUAUGUUUACUGGCAGGCAGGCAUGUCAUAGUGUAGUGCUUUCUGUAUUUGUGUUUUUGAUCCUUGUUUACUAGCUUCCACAAAUUUGCAACGCUAUUAGUCUCCAUGAUAAUGAAACUAGAUUGGAUUGUUUACCCCUAUACACCAACUUUAUGCAUAUGUUUUGAUGAGCUAGGGGAUUGAAAAAUCACGGCGAGCCAUCAUGAUUUAGUGAA